AUGAUGUCUCGCUUUCUGAGGCUCGUCCUAUUGUUAUGCUAUUUCUCAUCCCUCUCUCCAGCAUUUGGGGUCCCUUCCUUGCAAUCACCCUUGGUGGAGGACCUACCAGCAAUCUCGAAGCCCAACAUAUCCAUAGAGCUUUUCAAUGACCUGGAAGAGCUAUCACGCAUAGUCGAUAUUUCUUAUUGUGUCGGAGUGACAGGGAUAGGCAUUCAAAAGCCUUUCCUAUGCGCGAGCCGAUGCCAGGAUUUCCCCAGCUUCGAGUUGAUAACGACAUGGAAUACAGGCCCCUUCAUGUCGGACAGCUGUGGAUACAUUGUCCUUUCUCAUCCUCCAUCGCCUCCAAGGAUUAUUGUGGCGUUCCGCGGAACUUAUUCAGUAGCGAAUACCAUCAUCGACUUGUCAACGGUUCCACAGGAGUAUAUGCCUUAUCCAGGUGACGAGGACGAGGCUGAGGGCAAGCAUGCCAGAAGCUUGCGGAAACGAGCAAUAAAUCCGCAAAGGGCAGAAUGUACCAAUUGCACUGUCCACGCAGGGUUCAUGACCUCAUGGAGGCAUACUCGACCUCAUAUCCUACCCCAUCUCGAUGAACUCGUUCAGAAAUAUCCGGACUACCAGGUAACCUUGGUAGGACAUUCUCUCGGCGGGGCGGUGGCAGCUCUUGCGUCUCUUGACUUGGAGUCUCGGGGUUGGAACCCCCAAGUAACAACCUUUGGUGAGCCAAGAAUUGGGAACCAAGGACUGAUGCAAUACAUCGACAAGUCUUUCUCGGAUCAUGGUCACACAGACAUCACUGGCAGGUACAGACGAGUAACACAUUGUGAUGACCCGGUGCCGUUGCUUCCUUUAACAGAAUGGGGCUAUCAAAUGCACGCUGGAGAAGUCUACAUUUCGAAGCCGGAGCUAUCUCCGGAGGCCAAGGACCUGAGAUACUGUGAGGGUGACGAAGAUCCAAAUUGUAUAGCCGGUGCGGAAGUCCACGACGAAGGUCAGAGCGGUCCGAAUAUGCCAAGCAUUGAACAAGGCGCCGAUAUAGAAGGGUUCAAGGACUGGUGGAAGGACACGAAGGGUCUUUUAACAGUACCGCCACGCUUUCGCAUAUGGCAAUUGUUCUUUGCUCAUCGAGACUACUUCUGGAGGCUCGGGCUUUGCAUACCUGGCGGAGAUCCCAGUGAUCGGUAUCGAGAGUAUCCUCAUGGGGGGAGAGUUUACCACGGCAAGAAGCCGCAACAGAAUGCCGCUGCCGGGGAUUACUCAAAGAACGGCGUUUACAAGGCCCGCUCCAAAAUGAUGCAAUGGCAGACACGAGCGGCACGGUCAAUGCACCUGAAUUAUUCUACAAUCUGCCACUUGAGCUUCAAUUGGAGUUUUAGAAACGCUCCGUUCUGUCGCUGGACUGCUUUGAGUCAUCUAAUUCGUGCUAUGCCUCCUUUCUCACGUCUGGUCCGAUUCCUCGCCAAGGACGGCAGAACAUACUAUGGGGAUGCUAUCUUACCACAGGGCGUCAGCGAUUUAGGCAAAACGAAGCAAGCUCGCGUGAUCAAGGGAGACGUGUUCGGAAAACACGAUGUGACGGAGCAAAUCGCCGAUGUACGCCUUCUCCUUGCUCCUCUUGCCAGCGAAGACGUCAGAACCGUCCGCUGCCUCGGCCUCAAUUACGAGCAACACGCCAAAGAAUCAAGCAUGCCGCUGCCGAAGUACCCCGUGCUAUUCUACAAACCAAUUACUUCGCUCGGCGGGCCCUUCGAUAAUGUUCCUAUCCCUACCAUGGCCCAAGAAGUGGACGGGUUAGAUUACGAAUGCGAGCUCGUCGCCGUUAUUGGCAAAGAGGCGAGGGAAGUCCCGGAAUCUAAAGCUCUCGACUAUGUCAUGGGAUAUGCAGUCGGUGACGAUGUAUCACAUCGCGAAUGGCAACUGAAAAGAGGAGGCGGCCAGUGGGCAUUGGGCAAAGGCUUCGAUGGAUGGGCUCCGUAUGGGCCAGGCAUUGUGUCGAGUGCUUUGAUCAAAGAUCCUCAAGCCCUCCGGAUCUCGACAAAGGUUAAUGGCAAGACCGUCCAGGACAGCAGCACCAAGGAUAUGAUUUUUGGGGUGGCAAAGACAAUUAGCUUCUUAAGUCAAGGGACGACUCUUCUUCCUGGGGAUUUGAUUUUCACUGGAACACCUCAAGGCGUAGGCAUGGGCAGGGAGCCGCAGUUGUGGCUUAAGGACGGGGAUGUUGUUGAAGUCAGCCUGGAAGGCAUUGGGACUUGCGUGAACAAAAUUGAACAUAUCAAAAGCAGGCCAAAACUGUAA